UUAAUUCAAAUUUUCAAUCUUACUUAAUUUUGUCACAACUCUUGAAUUGAAUAGCCCUUAAUUAAGAAGAAGUUGCUGAUUGUAAAGUUGCAGAGAGCGAGAGAAAAAGAUGAGAGUUGCAGCGCAGAAUCCGUCGUCGUAUUGCGUGGAGGAGGAGAAGGCAUGCAUCAUCGGGUGGGUGGACACGUAUUUCAAAGACUGCCUCUGCAACAUUCGCGAUGAGAUUUCUUUCGGUUUCGGCCUCAUCAGCCUCAUCUGCUGGGGAGUUGCUGAAAUUCCUCAAAUCAUCACCAAUUUCAGAACCAAAUCCGGCCAUGGAAUCUCCAUCUUCUUCCUCCUCACUUGGAUUCUCGGCGACAUAUUCAAUUUGAUGGGCUGCCUUCUCGAACCUGCGACGUUACCAACCCAGUUCUACACAGCGGUGCUGUAUACAGUGAGCACAGUGGUCCUAGUUCUUCAGAGCUUCUACUAUGACUAUUAUCGCAGGUGGCGAAAUCUGAAACCUAAAGAAUCAGAGCAAGAGGUUGAUGAAGAGCUGAAGAAAGCUCUAAGACCAACACCCAAUACUGAUUCCUCCAUUCCAAUACCCAAUGGCUCCACCAGCAGAUUAGUAUCGACUCGUAGAGAACCUUAUUACUACACCUCUGCAAGAUCAAUGGCUGGAAGCAGCACUCCGCCUAUAGGUUUGCGUUCUUAUCUUUGGCCCAUCAAGAGUGGUCCUUCUGCUGUCGGAUUGGACAACGACUCCUCUUCAGACGACGAAGCUCAUACCGUUCCACCAAGGAAUGCAGUCAGCAAACCUAAGCCAAUUCCAAGAUCUGCAGGGUAUGGAGCAUUUCUGGCUACAUCCUUCAACAUGCCGCGAGAAACAAAGGCAUUGGUGCAAGUAUAUCUUGGAUUGAGUGGGAGAAAAAUGUUGCAAUUGGGACUGAAUCAAGAAGACGGAUCAGAGAGUGUGUUUGGUCAGUGGUUAGGAUGGAUGAUGGCUGCCAUUUACAUGGGUGGAAGGCUACCUCAAAUAUGGCUAAAUAUCAAACGAGGAAGCGUUGAGGGAUUGAAUCCUCUCAUGUUUAUCUUUGCACUUGCUGCUAAUGCUACUUAUGUAGCCAGUAUUCUUGUGAGAUCAACAGCCUGGAGCAAAAUUAAAGCCAACUUGCCUUGGCUGCUGGAUGCUGCUGUCUGUGUAUUGCUCGACUUAUUCAUAAUAUUGCAGUAUAUUUACUACAGAUAUUAUAGGAGGGAGAGGCGCAGCAGCGGAGAAGAAUAUGUUGAAGCCACAAAAUGAGAAUCCAAUGUAUUUGAUGUUAUGUUGAUUUAGGGCCUCUAAUGUUAUGAUAUUUUUACCUGUUAUUUAUGCAUUUUUCGACUGAUCGUUAAA